AGUGCCCAGGGCCAUUGAUGGAGUAUUCCCCCCAUCUCCUCGUGGCUCUGCUCUUCCAAGUUUUCAUCACCACAGAGCAGAUGUCCGAGGAGGUUGACAGCUUCUGGAGGGGAUGCCGGGAGGAACACGACCUUCCCAUUGACCCCAACAGAUUUGCAGUGCUGAGCAUGAAGGCCCUGCUCUGCUGCCUGCACUGUGAGGAUGUGGUGCGUUCAGUGGACCACAAUCGUGGCUGGGCGAGGCUCCUCAAUGCUCGCAGCCGCCGCUACGCAGUGGCUCUGCUGGCCAGGGAGAUGCGCCGUGUUUCCAGCCCCUUGUGUUCCCGCAUCACACUCCACCUGCUGGAGCUGCUGAGCAGGGAGGAGCCGUGCUGGGACCUCCCUGCUAUGGCAUUCCUUGUGGAGGUCCUGGACUGCCUGGACAUGCGUGACUGGGGAGGCAACGUUCUGCAGAGCCUUUCAAGGCACCUCUGGAGCGAGUGCCCAGAGAGGCGUCGCCUGGCGCUCCGAGGGCUCCUGGUGCUCAGCCAGGAUUCUGGGAUGGACAAGCGCAUCUGGAGCCUGUCGGACAGCCUGGUGCAGCUCCUGGGGGACGAGGACAGAGAUACGGUUUGGAUGACACUCUCUGUGCUCGACAAUGUGCUCUGGAGCAGUGUCUGGACACAGCUGCAGAAGAGGGUCCACAGCAAAGACCCUCUAAUAUCCACCCCCACCGGCCUGCAGUUGGCUGAGGCGCUCCGGCCACUCUUUGACCACGAGGACAGCAGUGUGCGGGAGGGCUCCAUGGUCAUCUUCACACGUGUGAUGAAACUCAUAGAGAGAGCGGGAAAGAGACCCCUGAAGCCACACGUGUGCCUGAGCCUGCUCCCGCUCUACUUCCACCGGCACGAUGAGAACCCGGUCGUGAAAAAGGCCUCUCGGGAAGCGCUGCUUCGUGCAGUGUGGUUCCUGAAGAGGAGGGACCUUGUGAAGCUGCUGAAGACAGAGCAGCCUUGGAGGUACGUGCGGGGACAGCCUGAAGAGCUGCAGGACAUCAUCGAGAGUGAGUGA